AUGAAACCUAGCAUGAUAAACGACCAUCCCAAAGUGAGAUUCUUUGAUCUUUCUGAGAAGCUGGAUUUCGGUCUUGAUUUUCUUGAUUCGAAAAAUGGUAAAGAUUUUGGUGAUAAAUUUAAAGAUCGAAAAAUGCAUAAUCUUAUUCAUAAAAAAGAUGAUGGUGAUUGUAAAAUUCAAGAGAUCGCUUCUGUAUCAUUUCCUGAACGAGUAUCGCCCAGAAUUCAUGCAAUUUCUUACUUGAAGAUUGGUGAGGACCACAGAGAUAUAAAGGAUAACGUCAAGAAGUUUGAUAUGAAUGUAAAAAAGAUGGUAGAUUGCAAGGUUCGAGGUUUAUGUUUUUAUGACGAAAAAUAUCAAACAGAAAUGGAAGAUAUUCAACAUGAAUAUCCAAAUGAAAUGUUUAAAGGUGAGUGCGUAUCUGAGGGGCCCAACUCUCGCUAG